UUUUGAUAUUUGUUUUUAAAUUUCUCUUGUUUAUCUAAAAAAAAUACUUUAAUAUAAAUGAAUAUAUUUUAAUUACUUUAUAUAUUUCCAAAAUAUAUUUUUGGUUUCUUCUACAACGCUUCUUCAUAUUGAUGAUUUUGCUGUUACAUUAUCGAUCGGUACAUUUUUCUUCUCUCUAGAAUUCUUCAUUUCUCUCGAUAGUUCUCUCUCUAGAUGUUUGUAGUUUCACUGUUUCUCCAGCAUUAAGCGAUAAAACAUAACUGAAGCUCAUGGAAGAGAGACAUGUUUAUGAUUUGGUAUUUUGCCGGCUUGUCUGACCUCUUACUUUAUCCAAGAUAUAGCAAGUAUUCGACAGAAAUCAGUGUCUGCCUUUUAGAUGAGAACUACUGAUUGCAGCUCGUGAAGGCUGCGUUUAAGCAUGUUGAUAGUCUGUCAGUUGAUUUUCAGUUUCUUUUGUAAUGAGAGGUGGAUUUUUUACCAUUUGCCGUAUCGUAUGUUGCAAAUAGAAAGUGAUAUAUGUCAACAACCACGUGAAGAUCACUGUUUUUACGGUGUAAAAACCUCUAUCAGGAGGUUAGAGGUCCAUUGAGAAAGUGUUGGUUCGACAGUCAUUGUAAUCUAAAAAUGGAAAGAUAUAGAAUAUUGAAGGAGCUUGGAGAUGGAACUUGUGGUAAUGUAUAUAAGGCCAUUAAUACAGAAACAUCUGAAAUUGUUGCAGUAAAGAAAAUGAAGAGGAAGUUCUAUUUUUGGGAAGAAUGCAUUAACCUACGUGAAAUAAAGUCCCUCCGUAAAUUGAAUCAUCCUAACAUCAUCAAACUAAAGGAAAUUGUCAGGGAGAACAAUGAGCUUUUCUUCAUACUCGAGUACAUGGAAUGUAACUUGUACCAACUUAUGAAAGAACGGCAAAGACCUUUCCUAGAGGAAGAGAUUCGAGGAUUGAUGUCUCAGGUGUUGCAAGGACUAGCCCAUAUGCAUAAAAAUGGUUACUUUCACCGGGAUUUGAAACCUGAGAAUUUACUGGUGACGAAUGACGUGAUUAAAAUUGCUGACUUUGGGUUGGCCAGAGAGGUGUCUUCAUUACCUCCUUUCACUGAUUAUGUUUCAACUCGUUGGUACCGAGCACCAGAAGUUUUGUUGCAAUCUUCAUCAUACACACCUGCUAUCGAUAUGUGGGCAGUUGGUGCGGUUCUUGCUGAACUUUUCACUCUUUGCCCAAUUUUCCCUGGUGAAAGUGAAAUUGAUCAGUUGUAUAAGAUAUGCUGUGUUCUUGGGCCGCCAGAUUGGACUAGCUUCACAGAACCGAGAAGUGCUUCUCGUUUAUUUGAUAUAAGUUGUUUUGAUAUUACACCAGCCAACCUGUCUGAUGUCAUUCCAAAUUCUAGCUUGGAAGCUAUUGAUUUGAUCAAGCAACUCUGCUCAUGGGACCCAUUGAGGAGACCAACUGCUGACCAAUGCUUACAGCACCCCUUUUUUCAUGUUGAUAUGUGGAUUCCUCGUCCUCUAGGGGAUCCACUGCAGAUGAAUUUAAGCAAUGUUGGAACUGAGCCUAAUCUUGAGUUGAACCUGUGGAAUUUCGGGACAGAAAAAGAUGACUGCUAUCUUGGUUUGACUUUGGCUGUGAACCCAAGUCCCUCUUGUCUGGAUUUAUUUCCUGCAAAGAUGGCAAGUAAGAGUCAAGGUACAGGAACGGAUAUGUUGUUCUGCCCUGGUUUUCAAGAUCACUCACAACAAUCAGUUUUCUGGUCAUUGUUUCCAACUGAUCACCAACAAAUUUCUGCUCCAGUGGACUCCACAUUGUCAUUAUCAUUCAGGAUUUCGAUCCUUAGGACCCAAUGGUUUACUAUGCUUCAGUCGUGCUUUGGACUCAUUGGUCACGACACUAGUAGAUGGUCUUACAUGGACCUUAAUUCGUAUUGGAACAUUCACUGCAGGAAUGUAUGAUUUUGUAAUUCUUUUUAAAUCUGUAAAUGCGUUCGGCAUUUGAUUUGCAAUUUUUUGUAAGUGAAUAAUCUUUUGUACUUUUUGCUAAAAAAUAGAAGCACGCGGAUCAAGAUGAGUUCUUCUCCUCCUAAUUUUGGAAAAACAGUCUCAUCAAACCGACAAUCUGCAAAUCGAGCAGUAAACAUAUCUUCAGUUAAUGGUUCUAGGUAGCGAAUAAUCGAAGGUGAUUCAAACCCAACAUAUAUUCCUAACCUUCUUUGGGGGCCAUCUUAGUGCGUUGUGGUGGUGCCAUAGGCGUACACAGCACAUUCAAAAUUUUCAAAUGAGACACAUUAGGCUCUUGACCCAAAACCAGUUGUAACAGAGAAAAUUUAUGAUAAUUUAUCGGUUUGAAACGAACAAGUGUCGCAACAUGCAAAAUAGCAUUUCCCAAAACAGAGGUGAGCAACUUAGUUUUCAUAAGCAAUGGUCUUGCUAUCAAUUGCAAACGUUUAAUUAAUGAUUCGGCAAGGCUAUUUUGAGUGUGAACAUGAGCUGCAGGAUGUUCAAUUUUUAUCCCAAUUGAUAAGCAAUAAUCAUUAAAUGCUUGGGAUGAAAAUUCC